AUGGAUGACCUGGAUGGCUUCGGGCGGCGCGAGCCCAAGAUGUGCGUCACGGUGAAGGUCACCGUGCCGGCCUUGACGGUGCGGGACCGCAGCACACGUAUCAUCGAGGCGAAGCUGAACACGACCCUCGAGGUGAUCGCAAACGCGACUCAGAAGGCCAAGGCCAACGCCAGUGCCACUGCCAAGUCUCGUCGCCAAGCUGUGGCAGAGGUGCAAGCUGAAGCGAACGCCAGCUACCAUGCCACGGCGUAUGCGGAAGCCACCUACACGGCUUAUGCAGAGGCGAAAGACAGGGCUACAGCUACCUACAAGGCGGUGGCAACCGCAGAAGCGAAGAAGGACGAGAAUGGUGACUUGGAGGCCACCGCGGUGGCCAAGAGCGACGGCUCGGCAUCGGCCACAAAGAUCGCCAACGCCACCAGGACGACAGAGCGGGCCAAGGGCGAAGCAGGACCGUCCUGGUGA